CGCCCCGCCCGGAAUUGUUACAGAGUUAGCGCGGCCUCAGUAUGAGCUGGCCACCUUCCCUGCCCACCCAGACCUGCGGGGCCUGGGAAAUGAAAGAGCGACUGGGGACCGGGGGAUUCGGCAACGUCAUCCGGUGGCACAAUCAGGAAACAGGUGAGCAGAUCGCCAUCAAGCAAUGCCGGCAGGAACUCAGCCCGCGGAACCGGGAUCGGUGGUGCCUGGAGAUCCAGAUCAUGAGAAGGCUGGCACACCCCAACGUUGUGGCCGCCCGGGACGUCCCCGAGGGGAUGCAGAACUUGGCGCCCAACGACCUGCCGCUGCUGGCCAUGGAGUACUGCCAAGGAGGAGACCUCCGCAAGUACCUGAACCAGUUCGAGAACUGCUGCGGCCUGCGGGAAGGAGCCAUCCUCACCUUGCUGAGCGACAUCGCCUCUGCACUUAGAUACCUUCACGAGAACAGAAUCAUCCAUCGGGACCUCAAACCAGAAAACAUCGUCCUACAGCAAGGAGAGCAAAGAUUAAUUCACAAGAUUAUUGACCUCGGAUAUGCCAAGGAGCUGGACCAGGGCAGCCUUUGCACUUCCUUCGUGGGGACCCUGCAGUACCUGGCCCCAGAACUGCUGGAGCAGCAGAAGUACACGGUGACUGUGGACUACUGGAGCUUCGGCACCUUGGCCUUCGAGUGCAUCACGGGCUUCCGGCCUUUCCUCCCCAACUGGCAGCCUGUGCAAUGGCACUCGAAAGUCCGGCAGAAGAGCGAGAUGGACAUUGUCGUCAGCGAAGACCUGAACGGUGCCGUGAAGUUUUCCAGCUCCCUGCCCUACCCCCAUAACCUGAACAGCGUGCUGGCACAGCGGCUGGAGAAGUGGCUACAGCUGAUGCUCAUGUGGCACCCCCGGCAGCGGGGCACAGACCCCACAUAUGGCCCCAACGGCUGCUUCAAGGCCCUGGAUGACAUCUUGAACCUCAAGCUGGUUCAUAUCUUGAACAUGGUCACAGGCACCAUUCACACCUACCCCGUGACAGAGGAGGAGACCCUGCAGAGCUUGAAGGCCAGGAUCCAGCAGGACACGGGGAUCCCAGAGGAGGACCAGGAGCUGCUGCAGGAGGCAGGCCUGGCGCUGACCCCCCACAAGCCAGCCACUGAGUGCCUCUCCGACGGCAAGCUAAAUGAGGGCCGCUCACUGGACAUGGAUCUCGUUUUUCUCUUCGACAACAGUAAAAUCACCUAUGAGACGCAGAUCUCCCCGCGGCCCCAGCCUGAGAGUGUCAGCUGUGUCCUUCAAGAGCCCAAGAGGAAUCUGCCUUUCUUCCAGCUGAGGAAGGUGUGGGGCCAGGUCUGGCACAGCAUCCAGACCCUGAAGGAGGACUGUAACCGGCUGCAGCAGGGACAGCGGGCUGCCAUGAUGAAUCUCCUCCGGAAUAAUAGCUGCCUCUCCAAGAUGAAGAACUCCAUGGCUUCCAUGUCUCAGCAGCUCAAGGCCAAGUUGGAUUUCUUUAAAACCAGCAUCCAGAUCGACCUGGAGAAGUACAGUGAGCAGACUGAGUUUGGGAUCAGUGAGUCCUCAGAUAAGCUGCUGCUGGCCUGGAGGGAGAUGGAGCAGGCCGUGGAGCUCUGUGGGCGGCUCUUUCAUCAGGAGAACGAGGUGAAGCACCUGGUGGAGCGGAUGAUGGCGCUGCAGACAGACAUCGUGGACUUGCAGCGGAGCCCGAUGGGUCGGAAGCAGGGCGGGACGCUGGACGACCUGGAGGAGCAGGCCAGGGAGCUGUACAGGAGACUGAGGGAGAAGCCCAGAGACCAGCGAAUCGAUGGUGACAGUCAGGAAAUGGUGCGGCUGCUGCUUCAGGCCAUUCAGAGCUUUGAGAAGAAAGUGCGUGUGAUUUACACGCAGCUCAGUAAGACUGUGGUUUGCAAGCAGAAGGCGCUGGAGCUGUUGCCCAAGGUAGAGGAGGUGGUGAGUCUGAUGAACGAGGACGAGAAGACGGUUGUCCGGCUACAGGAGAAGCGGCAGAAGGAGCUCUGGAACCUCCUAAAGAUCGCUUGUAGCAAGGUCCGUGGUCCGGUCAGCGGAAGCCCUGACAGCGUGACUGCAUCCCGCCUCAGCCACUCUGGUCAGCUGAUGUCUCAGCCUCCCACGGCCUCCGACAGUUCAGCAGAGUCAGCCCAGAAAAGCGAAGAACUGGUGGCUGAAGCGCACACGCUCUGCACGCAGCUGGAAAACGCCAUGCAGGACACCGUGAGAGCACAGGACCAGAGCUUCAUGACUCUGGACUGGAGCUGGCUUCAGCAGACGGAGGAGGAGGAGCAGAACAGCCUGGAGCGGGCCUCCUGACCCCGGGCCUGGCCGUCUGAGCUGGGGCGUCCGGCCUGCGGCUUACCCACGGUGGCUCCUGCCCGUCUCCGACACCCACGCGGAGAUCGCACUUCCCCAGCAGCUGUGAUGUGCACCCAGGACUGAGGGUGUGGCCCUCUGUGGGCAGCGCCAGUGCCUGUGUAUACACUGGAAGUUCUUCAUUACAGAGGCCCAGUAAACCCUGGCGCAGGUCACGGUGUUCAGGGACGAAGUGACAACUGCUUCCUCUGCUGCGAAGAAAGCUCUUCAAGUACGACGUGCAGCGCAGGGCACCUGACAGCACCUGACUGGGUCCUUCAGGACAAAGCCUGGCCGGCUUGCAGAGUGCCAGCCUGUCCUCUCCUGACCCUGCCUGACCUCAGGCCUGGAGCAGCCUGUUCUGUGUCCCCUUUCAGCUAGCGUUUCAGCUGGAGCAUCCAACUUCUCUGAAGCAGGCGUUUCCAUCAUAAGUGUGGCCUGGCCCCAUCCUCUUUCUCUUUUCGUCCUACUGCUGCUACAAUGUUAUUCCCCUACUACCUUGGUUGGUGAGCUUUCCACAAGGUCUAGUGAAAGCUGAGGCUCCCCCAGCCCACCUCACUCUCGGCCACAGAGUGACUCGCUAAAGCCAGGAUGGGAGAGCAGCUGGCUUCUCUGGAUCCCAGAGAAUACCUGGGAGUCAGCUGUCACCUAGAAGACGGAGAGGAGAAAAGUCUGUCUGUCCCCCAGGCUGCUGUCUGUGCCCGCACCUCCGUCCCUGCUCAAACUCGGCGUGUGGUGGUGGCCUUUCACAUCAUCUGGCAGUAUUAUUAAAUCCAUUUAUUUUAAAAUAA